AUUUUGCAAAGCGAUUUUAGGAUUAGUUAUCUUCCAAAGUCGAGUCAGAGAAUUGAAUCAGAAAAAAGAAAACUAGCAUCCACGUAAAGAAUUUUCAAUAAUGGAGAACAAUAAAGAUGCUAAUCUUUCUGGGGUCAACUUAAUUUGCCUUGUUGAGGAGAUUGUAUUGUCUGCUGACUUCGGUUUCUGUAGAUGGUUGACCUUUGGCAUUGGAUGAAAUUGAAAAUGUCCUUCCUUCCUGCUCUGCUAAGAUAUUGCUGGAAUCAAAAUGGACAUUUAUAACUCUGGAGGAACAUCCUUACUUGCAUAGGCCAUGGUACAAAUUAUAAAUCCAUGUGGGACCUGCGAAUGGAUGAAGCUGAUGUUGGUUGGGGAUGCUUCUCCGACAAACCUUGAAUCGGUAAUUGAACUUUAUCUUGUGUCCUGGCUCUCAUUUGUUGGGCAGGUGGUUGGACUGAGAAUCCCGUUUAAAAUGUUGAAUGAUAAUAAUCACAUAAGUUGAUUGAUACACUUAGAUCAAGAAACUACCAUGAAACACUUACUAACUCUUCUCAUGCACAUUUGAUCUUGUAUCUUUUUGAGAAGAAAAAUUACAGGAAUUGUAAAGCUGGCUAUCUAUUGUGAUGAAAAAUCACUGCCACCAAUAUGUGUGGCGCGUCUGUGGCGCUCAUCAUGCUCUCAAAUUCUUCGGAUGACAAGCCGCUCAAGAAUCGGGUCCAUAUCUUCACGGCCAUGGCUCCGCCACUGGUUGCCGUGCUUUUGAGGACUGAUUAAUUGGUUUUCGCGGUGAUUCAUUUGUAUGGCUUAACCGAAACACUAUUAUUGUGCGCUUUGAAACAGCAGUGGAAUCGGUUUCCAGCGACGGAGAGAGUGAGGCUUAAAAUAAGGCAAGGUGUGAGAAAAAUUGGGUUUAGGUGGUGGACGUAGUGGAUGCCGAAUUCGGAGUGAGUGUGAAGCAAGAAGGGUCAAUACUUGGUGAAGUAGUUUUACAAGGUAGGUUGGUGUAUCGUGCUGGGAUAUUUCAAGAACCCAGAAGGCACAUGUAUGAGAGUGAACUGGAGGUUCUACACGGGAGAUGUGGGUGUAUGAUCAAAGAUCGAUCAAAGAACAUGAUUAUCAGCGGUGGAGAGAAUCUGAGCAGCAUUGAGGUUGAAUCCUAGCUAUACACGAACCCAGAUGUGAACAAGGCUGCUGUUGUAGCGCAUCCAGACGAGUAUUGGGGGAGACGCCUGUGCAUUUGUGAAUUGUGAGUUUGAAAACUAGGUUGACUCGGAAGCAGAACGAAAAAUCAUGGAGUAUUUCAGAGUAAGGCUGCACAAAUACAUUGUGCGUAAAACAGUGGUGUGAUGUUGUUCAAGGAAAAAUUCAGAGAUUUGUUCUCAGAGAAGUAGCGAGGCCAUGGGUGGUUCAAGUCUGAGUAACUUUUUGAAGACACAAUGCCAAUAAUAAGGCUAGUCUUGUCUCUUAUUAAAUUGAAUGCAAUUAUCCAUAUCUUGAGCUAGCAGCUUGAUUUGGGCUGACUCAAUUGCUUCGACAAUUACCUAAGUUCCCAACGUUCCUCUGAUGGUAUACUAUGAAUCAACCUCGUGGAGUGUUAGCUAGUUAGCUACCGUGUUUAAUCUUGCAUGGAUAGGGUAUACUACAUAGAUCAACCCCAACCUAAAUGGGUGUGCACGUAGGUUUGGAUUACAGAGUUGGCGUGUUGUAGAUGUAUAAGAAAAUAAAUAAAAAGCAAUUUAGUGUGAUCCCUACAUGUGGUAUAGACAGAUGAAAACAAAAUUACAUCGAAACUGUUGUAUGCUCUAUAUCACAGAUGGGAGCUUUAGAGGUUCACAACAAUCUUUCUGGGAUUAGUUAUUGACUUCUAACUUGAAGGAAGGAAAGUAGAUUUUCUACGUUACCAACCUUUGACAACGGUGAAAUGCAAAUUCUAGAAUAUGAAUGGCUUCCCUAGUUCUUCCAUGAAUGAAUUUGAGGAUAUGGUGUCGCUGUUUUUUUUGCAUCAUGAUUACUUUGUUGAUGUUCCUUAGAAAAAUAGUUUUGCACUCAGUUUUGGUGACAUCGUCCCUUAAUUUUGGCCAUUCUAGAGUGCCUAUUAGCAUGACAGUUGCUUCUCAUGUUGUGAUACCCAUGUCCAAUUGACUUAUAAACUAGUCAAGCCCACAGGUUGAAGAGAAUCAAUAACUGUAGAAUAUUGACUAAAACUUAGUGGUUAAGAACUAUCCUAAUCCUAGUAGUAGAACCAGUUAUCAUUUUUAAAAGUCAUUUCUUUAUUAGACCAACUAUCAUAGUCAACUAUAACUGGAUUCCUAUGAUAGUUCUUGGAAAGUGCCCUACAAUAUUGACUUUACUUGCUUAGACUUUUAUUAAUUAUUAGCGGUAUAACAACCUUCUAUUCAGCCAUUUAUAUGUUAUUGCAAGAACAUUAGCAGUAUGGCGAAGGUCAUCUGCUGUCUAAAUUGCUAAUUCCAUUCAGUCACAUGGAGAUUAAUAGGAAGAAACAAUCCUUCCACUCCCUGUUAACUGCUAUUAGCAUUCUUCUUCAUUUUUGUGCCGAAGCCAACAAAGCUCAAGAUGGUUAUCUUGGGGAGGAGUUUCAUGUUGCAGUGAUCCUUGACAUGGGAUCAUUGGAGUGGGAAAUUGUGCACAGCUGCAUGUCCAUGGCAAUUUAUGAUUUCUACAACUUACAUAAUGACUAUGCAACAAGAGUGGUUCUGCAUGCUAGAGAUACUAAAGGUGAACCUCUGCGAGCUCUUCAUGCUGCUCUUGAUCUUGUAGGGAACACAAAGGUAGAAGCAAUUAUUGGAGCGCAGACGUCCAUAGGAGCAAACAUUUUGGCAGAGUUUGGAGAAAAGGCUAAAGUCCCAGUGAUUUCAUUCUUUGCACCAAUCCGUCACUCAACCUCGACCACAUAUCCUUAUUUCAUUCAAGUCAAAGAAAGUGACAGCUCCCAAGUUAAUGGCAUUGCUGCUAUUGUUGAAAAAUUCAAGUGGAAAUACAUCAUCUUUAUUCACGAGGACACAGAUGAGGGAAGAGGCAUUCUACCAUAUUUGGUUGAUAAAUUCCAAAAGAAAAAUAUCCAUAUCUCGUAUAAGAUUGCGAUUUCUGCAUCAUCAAAAGACAAUGAAAUCCUUGAAGAGCUUCAUAAGGUCAUGGCAUCACAAACUGUGGUAUUUAUUGUGCACCUGUCAUAUUUUCUUGCGUCUUCUCUUUGCAUAAAUGCAAAAAGGUUGGGUAUGAUGGGUGAAGGUUAUGCUUGGAUUAUGACCUCCAAGAGCAUGAAUAACUUGCAUUUAAUGAAUUCAUCUGUUAUCCAAUCAAUGCAAGGAGUAAUUGGUUUCAGGUCUCACAUUCCAGCAUCAGAGGAGCUUGAUAAUUUUACUUCAAGGUGGAGGAAAAUAAUUCACACCAAUGACUCCAAUCUGGGAGCAAUGGCGCCUGGUGCAUCUGGUGUAUGGGCAUAUGAUGUAUGUUGGAGUCUAGCACAUGCAGCUGAGCGUGUAAGGUAUAAAGCUCCUGUGAGAAGAAAUCCAGAAAAUAACUUGAAUCUGUGGGACUCAGACAACAUCACAACAGCUAGACUUGGUCCACUACUUCUAAAGGAGAUAUUAGAAAGUGGAGUUCAGGGCUUAAGUGGUAAAAUUCAAUUCAUCAAGGGGAAACUAGCAGCAAACACAUUUGAAAUAGUGAAUGUGAUAGGAAGAGGAGAAAGAACAGUUGGAUUUUGGAGUUCUGAAGAAAAACUAACUAGAGAAUUACAAUCAUCUCAUGAUGGUAGAGUUUUAUCUUCUACCAGUAAACUUUAAGACAUCAUUUGUCCUGGAGGAUCUGCAAACAUUCCAGAAGGUAGGAUGAUGCGAAUGAGUAAUAAAAAGCUAAGAGUUGGCAUUCCUGUAAAAACAGGGUUUAAGGACCUGGUUGACUUUGAACGCGAUCCUCAAACCAAUGAAACAACUGUCACUGGUUUCUGCGUAGAUGUGUUCAGGGCUGCAAUUGAGGCUUUACCGCACCGUUUACAGUAUGAGUUUAUACCUUUCGUCGAUAGCAAUGGACAGAGUGCUGGGACUUACAACGACCUGAUCUAUCAGGUUUAUCUUAAGAAUUUUGAUGCUGUGGUGGGGGAUGUGACAAUCAUGGCCAACAGAUCAUUGUAUGUUGAUUUCACUGUUACUUAUACCGACUUAGGUGUGGGGAUGAUAGUAAAAAAUGGGAACAACAUGUGGAUUUUCUUGAGACCGCUUACAGUAGAUCUUUGGUUGACAAGUGCUGCCUUCUUUAUUUUCACGGGUUUCAUCAUUUGGGCAAUUGAACGUCCUAUUAACGAUGCUUUCCAUGGUUCACCCCUUCAGCAAAUUGCAACUGUUGUAUGGUUUUCUUUCUCAACCCUCGUCUUUGCUCAACGGGAGAGGUUGUUAAGCAACUUGUCAAAGUUAAUACUGAUCGUAUGGCUCUUUGCGGUUCUCAUAUUGACUUCUAGCUAUACUGCGACGUUGGCUUCAAUGUUGACAGUUCAACAGAUUAAUUUGGCAUCAAAGGAAAUCAACAUAGGAUACCAAUAUGGGUCUUUAAUCCCAGGAGUUAUAAGUAACUUGAAUUUUGAAGAUUACCGUCUCAGGCCAUAUACACUUGAUGGCUACGCUGAAGCUUUAUCAAGAGGGAGUAAAAAUGGUGGUGUGUCUGCUAUUAUUGAUGAGAUGCCAUACCUCAAGAUCUUCCUUUCAAAAUACGCUGGGGAUGGCUACUCCAUUGCUGGGCAUGUGGCAAGUACAAAUGGUUUUGGAUUUGUCUUUCCCAAAGGCUCCCCGCUGGUUCCCGAGAUUUCGAGGCAAAUUAUGGCACUAAGAGAAGAAGGGAAGCUUAGGAGAAUGGAGAGCGCAUGGUUUCCUAAUCAGUCACCUCUUCUCAAUGAUGGAAGUGUCACCUCUAAUAAUCUGAAUGCUCUUAAUCUUGAUAACUUUGGUGGUUUAUUCAUUAUUACCGGGUCUACUUCGUGUUUGGCCGUCCUCUUGUUUUUCAUCUUCAAGCUUCACAAACAAUGGCAGGUUCUGAGAAAUUAUGACCUUCAUUACCUUGUCCAGAAAGGAUAUGAGGUGGUUAACACAUGCGUCAAGGGGAGAAUACGUUCAAGUGCUCAGGAAAGGGGUGUUAUAUAAGUUUUUCCUCAAUGCACAUGUUUUUUUAUAAAUAUACUAGUAUUGGUUGGCAUUAGGGUUUUUAGUUGUUACUAAUAUUAACGACUGUGUAAAUAUUCUAUUUAUAAAAU